AUGGACGCGUCAACAGGACCAGGAGCCCCUUUAAAUGUCAGCUUGUCUGAGGAUGGACAAUAUGCUGCCCAUGUGAGUGGAAAGAGCCUAGUUGUUCACUCAAAUGUAGCUUCGGACAAGGAAUUACACAUCGCAAGAAUCAAAGAGAUUCCACUCAAAUCACUGAAGUACUUCAAUGUGGAAAGGUCUCCUGGUGCAUCAAAUGAUGAGAUUGCCUCUCGGCGGCGACUCCUGUCCGCAAACGACACCCGAAUCUCGGUCUGGCAGCUCACUCCGCUUGAAAUAUUCGCCGAAAUUGAAAGCAUCGAACCGGGGGCAUUAGCUGUCGAUUUUGGCGCCGAUGAGAAUGAAGUUCUUGUGUUUCAUGCGUGGAACACUAAACUCAGUGUCCACUCAUUAGUGGCCGGGCGCAGCUCAGUCAUUAAAACACCAAAGUUUGCCCAUCAUUUCGGGUAUGGUUAUCGCAUAAAAACCAGGCAUCUCGCCAUCAUACUGAAACCAGAGACUUCAGAUCUACUGACUGUCCACGAACCCCGGUCUUACGAGCUUGUCAACAAAACUGUGCUUCCAACCAUUGAUGCACAGGGUUUGAAAUGGAGCCCGGAUGGGAAAUGGAUUGCCAUCUGGGACAUCGCUAGUGCAGGCACAAAAGUGCUAGUGUUCACAGCGGAUGGUCAACUUUUCAGGACGUAUUCCGGACCGUCUGGGUUGGACGAUUCCUUCGAUCUCGGGGUGAAACAGAUUGAAUGGAGCCCUCCCCACCAGGGAAUUUGUGGAAUACUAGCCGUGGGAAAGGUCAACGGGAAUAUUGACUUGCUCCGAACUCUCACGUUCUCUUCCGCAACAACACUCUCACAUGUGUUCCCAACAGACCAACAGUGUCCCAAUAUUUGGCGCGAGCGAUACACCAGUGCUGCAGGGGACGCCGAAUAUGCCGAGGCAUCCUGCUCCUCUGCAUUAAGCAUGAGUCCGGAGUCGGCAGGGCCAUCACGUGGCGUCUUGACAAUGACCUUUAGCCCAGACGGUCGCCUCCUUGCGACUGUUGACACUGCACGUCAGAAUGUCGUCUGGAUUUGGUCACUAGAGGGCACCCCAAAACUCGCAUCAGCUCUAGUUCACGAGCAACCUGUUCGACAGAUUGUUUGGCAUCCUUCGACACCACAACUCUUGAUUAACACUAUCACAAAUACAUUGCCUGCCAUUCGAUGGUGGUCCCCACAGGAUCAUCCAUUGAUCACCAGGGUUCCUGUUCAAAGGAGCGAGAGUGGAAAAUAUGAUGUGAAAUGGGUUGCAGGAUCAAAUACAGACUCGUCAUUCUGGUUCAACUCACCAGAACAACAUGUUAUUGGGUACCUGUCUACCCGCGACGGUGCUGUUGAGUUUGAGGUGUUGAACUCAGUGAGCAGCAAGACGAGUUAG